AUGCCGGCCGGCGGCCAGGGACGGCGCCGCGAGCGGCGCCGCGGCAGUGCCGCGAACGGCGCGGAGAAACCGGCCGAGAACGCAGGCGUGUCGCCAUCGCCCCUCCCGGACGGGACGUGGCCGGAGGACCCCGAGAAGAACCCCGCGCUCCUCCUCGUCGUCAACCUCGACGGCUCCGCCUGCGUGGCGAUCGACCCGGAGCGCGAAAAAGAGCUUCACGCCGUCCAAGACCCACAUCCAGGCCUCGAGGACGGCGAGCCCGCGGCGCCGCAGCGCGGCACGGUCCGCGUCGGCCGCAUCAGCAUACACAUCCGCAGCGUGAUUUGCGGCAUUGUGGUGGCGCUGAUUCUCUUUGGUCUUCUGGGCAUGCUGUACGCGCUGUUCGGGACGGAGCGCGUGAGCCGGUGCCGGCCCGUCGGUGCGCGCAUCUGCGACGAGCCCGCGGACCCGACCCCGGCGCCGCGCAAGCUCCUCGGCGUCGGCGACGCUGCGUGA